AGCCACGGGCGGGAGGGCAGACGGACCGACUGACGGCAGGGACGGCAGGCGAGCAAGAUGGCGCAGACUCAGGGCACCCGGAGGAAAGUCUGUUACUACUACGACGGGGAUGUUGGAAAUUACUAUUAUGGACAAGGUCAUCCGAUGAAGCCCCAUCGAAUUCGCAUGACUCACAAUUUGCUGCUCAACUAUGGUCUCUACCGAAAGAUGGAAAUCUACCGCCCUCACAAAGCCAACGCGGAGGAGAUGACCAAGUACCACAGUGAUGACUACAUCAAGUUCUUGCGCUCCAUCCGCCCAGAUAACAUGUCGGAGUACAGCAAGCAGAUGCAGAGAUUCAACGUCGGUGAGGACUGCCCGGUGUUUGAUGGGCUGUUUGAGUUCUGUCAGCUGUCCACUGGCGGCUCUGUGGCAAGUGCUGUGAAGCUGAAUAAGCAGCAGACGGACAUCGCUGUGAACUGGGCCGGGGGCCUGCACCAUGCCAAGAAGUCCGAGGCGUCCGGCUUCUGUUACGUCAAUGACAUCGUCUUGGCCAUCCUGGAGCUCCUAAAGUAUCACCAGAGGGUGCUCUACAUUGACAUCGACAUUCACCAUGGAGACGGCGUGGAAGAGGCCUUCUACACCACAGACCGGGUCAUGACCGUGUCCUUCCACAAGUAUGGGGAGUACUUCCCAGGGACCGGGGACUUGCGGGAUAUUGGCGCUGGCAAAGGCAAGUAUUAUGCUGUCAACUACCCGCUCCGAGAUGGGAUUGACGACGAGUCCUAUGAAGCCAUUUUCAGGCCAGUCAUCUCCAAGGUCAUGGAGAUGUUCCAGCCGAGCGCGGUCGUCCUCCAGUGUGGCUCUGACUCCUUGUCUGGGGAUAGGCUAGGUUGUUUCAACCUGACCAUCAAAGGGCACGCCAAGUGUGUAGAAUUUGUGAGGAAUUUCAACCUGCCGAUGCUGAUGCUGGGAGGAGGUGGUUACACCAUUCGCAAUGUCGCACGGUGCUGGACAUAUGAGACAGCUGUGGCCUUGAGCACAGAGAUCCCCAAUGAGCUUCCAUACAACGACUACUUUGAAUACUUCGGACCAGAUUUCAAGCUUCACAUCAGCCCUUCCAACAUGACCAACCAGAACACUAAUGAGUACCUGGAGAAGAUCAAGCAGAGACUCUUUGAGAACCUGAGGAUGUUGCCCCACGCCCCUGGGGUCCAGAUGCAAGCGAUCCCGGAGGACGCUGUCCCAGAGGAAAGUGGCGAUGAGGACGAAGAGGACCCCGAGAAGCGCAUCUCAAUCUGCUCCUCUGACAAGCGAAUUGCUUGUGAAGAAGAGUUCUCCGACUCUGAUGAAGAGGGAGAGGGUGGCCGCAAAAACUCUUCCAACUUCAAAAAAGCCAAGAGGGUCAAAAUAGAGGAUGACAAAGAGAAAGAACCAGAGGAGAAAAAAGAAGUCACAGAAGAGGAGAAAGCCAAGGAGGAGAAGCUUGAAGCCAAAGGGGUCAAGGAGGAGGUCAAGUUGGCCUGAGCAGACCUCCGGCUCCAGACUCUUGCAAAGUUCCAGACAUUUCUUCCCUAACCCCUCAGAGUUUAUAUUUUCUAUUUCUCUGUGUAUUUAUAUAAAAAUAUAUUAAAUAUAAAUAUCUCCAGGGACUAGACAGGAACCAGGGCCCUGAGCUGGCCCUGGGCAGCUUGGCUAGGUAAACCUCCAGCAGCUGCCUCGCCAGCUAGGCUGUUCUUUUUCAGUGGAAAAGGUAGUUUUAGGUAGUCACAGGACAAAAUCCUGCUGAGGGGACCUCCUUUGGAAAGACACCCGUUACUGAGCAAUCUAGGGGUGGCUUGGCUUUUCAGGGACCCUUGUACUUUUUCUUCAAGGCUCCUUAAGAUUUUGGAUGGGUUCUUUUCUCAUUUAAACCCCCACCCCUUCCCCACUGUUACAGCCUGGCCCCAAGUGAGCCAACCCACUCUCACUGCCUGCCCUCUGGGACCUUGGCUCUUCAGGUGGAGGGCACCAGUCUAGUUUUCCCUUUUCAGAUACUAUUUUCAUGUUUGUGAAAACCUUUGUAAUAAAAAAUGGUACAUUUCUCUA